AUGGCAUCCGCAACCACAAACCCUACAGCUGGCUUACAGUCCGCGCUCGAUGAUUUCCAAGGUGUUCUCAGCAAAGAAGACAAAACGAAACUUCAGCGGAUCAAGGGAACUCCCAAUGCUGACUCGGUGAUCCAGUUCACAGCCUUGCUGGAUCGCGAGAAUACCCAGCGAAGAGGUUCGAGCAUCGCUACGCGCUUGUAUCCUAUUCUGCUCUCCGUACAGCAAUUCUCUGGUAUUGUAGACACUUUUGCGUCCUCAAACCCAGCCAUUGCAGCUUUAGUAUGGGGUGUUGUUAAGUUGACUAUGUUGGUGCGUUAUCCCUUCAAUUCGUAA